AUCUGCCAUCUAUAACAAGUUACAACUUACUGUGUUCUCUGUUCUCUGUGUAGUAUAUUUAAUACAUUUUGUAUUUUGUUAAGUUUUUUUUUUUUGUAAGUGUAUUGCCAAUAUUUUCCAUUCACUGUGAAAAAUAAUAAUAAAUAAACAAUUAAACAAAUUAUUAGUUAAUUAGUCAUUACUGCAAUACUUCUCCAUGAGUUAUUAACUCUUUAGUUAACAUGUCUAUUGUAACAAUAAUAAAUUAAUAAAAUUUACUAAUCUAUUAUACUUCUUUCUCUGACGUAACAGUUAACUAUAUUUGAAAUCUCCAAAAGCGUUAUGAGUUCAGAAUUGGAAAAAGUAACUGAAGACAUAGAUAUAGCAGUUGAUUUACUUGAUUUAUUGAAAUCUAGAUAUUUUUUCUUGCGUGCUAAAUAUGAUAUCGACCUYAACUCUCAAACGGCAUAUGUGUCUAAAGAUAUUCAAUCGGAAUAUCAGUAUGCAUUUAAUGAUCUUCAAUCUUUCAUUAUGCUGGAACUUAACCUUUUAGAAUAUGCAUGUACUUAUGGUAUUUAUUCCAUGAAUAUGUAUGCAACUCGUCUAAAGACAAAUUUAAAUUACAAUGACAAAGACCAUUUUUUUUUAAAACUUCUUAAAGAUCAUUUACAGAGCUUAAUCGAAACUAAUAAGAGUAUAAAAAAUAUUUCUGCGGAUCCUUAUACUAGUUUUACUUCAUACAUAAGUUCAUUUAAGGUUUAUGCAAAUGUUUUGAACAGUGUUGAUGUAUCAAACAUCACUCUACUAAAUGAAACCAAUACCAACAAGAGAAAGAAUAAGCUGAUGAAGAAAAUUUCAAAAAUCAAUCUUAUGGCAAAUAUUAUUACACUAUUUGUAUCAGACCAUAUUACAGACUUUAGAACUGAAGAUGGGCGAGCUGCUUUGAAUAUUUGUUUAAAGUAUAGAACUACUAGAAGCAUAGAAUAUUAUACAAAAAAAUGUAAUUCAAAUUAAAUUAAUAAAAACACUUAGUUUUAGUUUAUAUAUAAUAUAAAGCUUAAAUUGUAUGUGUUAGAUACAGACCCAUAUAAACAAAUGUAUUUUUUUUAAUUUUUUAAUUUUACAUAAUAUCUAUUUUAUUGAAUUGGAGUUAGUAAUAUUUUUAACAUUUAAUUAAAUAACCAGUAUUUUAAGCUACCUAAUCAUUUAAGUU